AUGACCUCCCAUUCCAACGGCAAGCGCAACUUGGUGGGCAACUACACCAUCCCGUCGGCUUUGGCAGACGAGAUCCGCACAGAGCACCACCACGACGAUGCACUCUCCUCUUCACAAUUGAAGCAGAACCUCACCCAGAACGAGUACCAGCAGAAGCGCCACAAUCGUGUGGUGGACUUGGACUUGAACAACACCAAGAGCUACAAGCAAAUUAUGGAGGAACGGGAGUUUGAGCGCGAGGAGCAGAGAGUAAAGCAAUUGAUAGAGAGAGGGAGACAGGAGGCAGAACAGGCACAGGCCCAAGAAGAACAGGUCCAGGGACAACAGAUCCAACUAGUUGCCAGAAGAGAAAGAAAAAGACGGUGGGACGUCACUCCCGAAGAAUAUGAACGAAACAAGAAAUCGGGUCCCGAGCGUGACGAUAACUCCAUCGUGCUGAAGCUCUUGAAAUUGGGCACUAAGGUGCCCAUUGUCUCUGGUGUACCCUUGACAGACGAGAUCCUAGACAAAAUACUUCCUCCUGGCUACAUCAAACUAGACGUGCCAUCCGGAUACGAACAGCUUGAAGACGGUAAAGCUCCUGACAUCACAGAAUUGCCCAUGGAUCGCUACAUGCCACCUUCCGCAGAUCAGACAAAAAAUACCUUGGCUUUGCGGGAACAGAUCCCCACAGAGGUGCCUGGAAUCACUGGGCUCCAAUCUUUCAAGCAGGAAGAUAUGAAAUAUUUUGGAAAAUUGAUACAUUUGGAGGAGUCCAGCCUUUCUGGAGACGAAAAGAAGGAAGUGGAGGUGAUGAAAUUGUUACUCAAGGUAAAAAAUGGCUCCCAAGUGACUCGUAAAAGAUCCUUGCGUCAAUUGACCGACAGUGCAAGGAAGUUUGGCCCCAAAAUACUUUUCAAUCAAAUUUUGCCGCUAUUAUUGGAGCCCAGCUUGGAUGAUCAAGAAAGGCACGUAUUGGUCAAGCUCACGGGUCGCUUAUUGUACCAUUUGGAUGAUCAAAUCAGACCCUACACUCACAAGGUCUUGGUGGUGAUAUCGCCAAUGUUGAUCGAUGAAGACUUUACUCUCAGGCUUGAGGCCAGGGAAAUCAUCUCAAACUUGACCAAGGCCGCUGGUUUGGCCAAUAUGAUUUCAAGCUUGAGACCCGACCUUGACCAUGUGGACGAGUAUGUGCGUAACAUAACUUCCAGAGUAUUCGCAAUCGUUGCCAACACCCUCGGUUUAGUAUCGUUUUUGCCUUUUCUCAAGGCAGUAAUAAAGUCCAAAAAGAAUUGGAUGGCAAGACACACCGGCAUUAAAAUAAUCCAGCAACUCUGUAUACUAUUGGGAGGUGGCAAUGGUAAUUCUAUCCUUCCCUACUUGACUCAAAUGAUUGAAGUGUUAACUCCGGCAAUUACAGACGAAGUUUUGCAAGUCAGAACCAUCACUGCUUUGACCUUAGCUCAAUUAGCAGAGAAUGUUAAUCCUUACGGUAUAGAGUCUUUCGAGAAUGUGUUAGAACCUGUGUGGGUUAGCUUGAGAAAACACAGAGGGAAAGGUUUGGCCAGCUUUUUGAAAUGUAUUGGAGCAAUAAUUCCUCUCAUGUGUCAUGAUCCAAAUUAUGAGGAGUACGCCAACUACUAUAGUAAGGAGCUUGUGGUAAUAAUCACACGAGAGUUCAGCUCUCCUGACGAGGACACACGGAAGACUAUCUUGAGAAUUUUGAUCAGCUUGCCUUUAUCACGUCAAAUUAUUAACAAUUAUGAAAGCCAGAUCAUGAAACCUUUUCUCAAAAGCUUUUGGAAUAGAAGGACCGCAUCAGAUUCUUACCAACUCACGAGGUUGGUGGUGGACUCAACAGUAGAGUUGGCAAAAAAAUUUGAUUUUUUGGAAGUAUUGGAAUCCAUCGUUAUAUUCACAAAAGACAAUAAUGAACAAUUGCGUAGAAUGGCCACCGAAGCCAUUCACAAAAUGAUUUCACCCAACUCUGAUAAUCUUAUUGGAUUGGAUUCUCAAUUGGAAGUCAAAUUGGUUGAUGGAGUCUUGUUUGCUUUCCAAGAACAGACAGUUCAACAUAACAUUUAUUUGCAAGCACUUGGAACUGUCGCUACAGCAUUGAACGUAAGGUUGAAACCACACAUGGACUCUAUCAUCAGCACGGUAUUGUAUCGUUUGAAGAAUAAAGAACCUGAGAUUCGACAACAGGCAGCCGAAUUGAUUGCUCUUAUUGCACCUGUCAUUAAGCAAUGCUCUAACCAGGAAGAUGAACUUUUAUGCAAAUUGAUAUUAAUAUUGUAUGAAGCAUUGGGAGAGGUCUUUCCUGAGGUGUUGGGAUCCAUCAUCAAUGCGUUGUUUUCUUGUAUUGACACUGUUGAUAAAGCCACUUUAUAUGUGAUGUCGAACCCUUCAAUCAAUCAGAUCCUUCCAACCUUGACCCCCAUUUUAAGAAAUAGACAAGAGAAAGUUCAAGAGGCUUGUAUUAAGCUUGUGGGAUUGAUUGCAAAGAAGAACUCGGAAACGAUUAAUGCCAAAGAGUGGAUGCGCAUAUCGUUCGAGCUACUCGAAAUGCUCAAAUCUUCAAAAAAACGGAUUCGAGUAGCUGCCAAUGAAACGUUUGGAUAUAUUGCAAAGACUAUAGGCCCACAGGAUGUGAUAGUGAUGCUUUUGAACAAUUUAAGGGUUCAAGAACGUCAGUUAAGAGUCUGCACUGCAGUUGCUAUUGGUAUUGUUGCUGAAACUUGUGCACCUUUCACAGUUUUACCUGCGAUCAUGAAUGAAUACCGUAUACCCGAGAAGAAUGUCCAGAAUGGUGUGUUGAAGGCUCUCAGCUUUUUGUUUGAGUAUAUUGAAGGAAGUAUGGCCAAGGAUUAUUUAUUUGCUAUUACGCCCCUACUUGAAGAUGCACUUACUGAUAGAGAUCAGGUUCAUAGACAAACGGCGGCCACUGUUAUCAAGCAUAUAGCAUUAAACUGUGUUGGGUUGGCGAACGACAGCUACCACGAAGUUUUUGUCCAUUUGUUGAACUUGCUUUUGCCGAAUAUUUAUGAAACUUCGCCGCAUGUUAUUAUCAGAAUUUUAGAAAGUAUUGAUGCGUUGAGAAUAGUGUUGGGCGUCGGAAUUUUUACAAAUUAUGUGUGGGCUGGGUUAUUCCAUCCUGCCAGGAAGGUUAGGUAUCCCUACUGGAAGAUGUUCAACUCUGCUUAUGCUCAAAAUAGUGAUGCAUUAGUUCCAUACUAUCCUCGGAUAGAUUCAUUCCCGGAUGAUGAGAGUGACAACUAUACCAUCGAAGAGCUCGACAUAUUCAUUUGA